AUGAAGGCAUUGGGCAGAGGAUGAAGUGUAGGAUGCUUUUCGCUUUUUUCUUUUUUAAUUUUACAAAGCUUGCAUUAUUUAAACUAUUAUUUAAACUCCUACACAGAAGACAUUUAUGAAGAAAUGCACUUUAAUUGAGAUCAUUAUUAUAUUUUUACUUUCUAUACAGAACAAUUCCUUAUACAGAACAGAUCCUUGUGGACAUAUGUUGCUUUAAUUCGUUUCUUUUUUGUAUGUAUAUAUGUUUUACCUUUUACAUUGCAAAAGUUAAAUCACACUCUAUUUUUUUUAAAGAUGUCAUUUCAGAAUAUUUCAGGGUUGAGCAUAGAGUUUGUGCUUGGAGGAUUUGAUUCGAUUCAAAGGCCUCUACCUGUUGGAAUUGUGCUGCUCUUGGUUUAUUUAACUUCUUUGCUUGCUAACCUCGCAAAUAUAUAUUUUAUUGUCACGGAUAAGCAUUUGCACCAGCCUAUGUAUCUGUUUAUGUGUAAUUUAGCUAUUGUAGACAUAGUGGUCUGUACGAGUGUGUGCCCGACCAUGAUAUGCACCCUUAUAACAGGAUACAAAACCAUAUCUUACGCGCCGUGUAUUUUUCAGAUGUUUUUAUUUCAUAUAAGCUCUGCAAUGGAAAUGUUCGCUAUUUCCGCCAUGGCGUUUGACCGCUUCGUUGCCAUAGCCAGUCCUUUACGCUACCAUUCGAUUCUGAGUAAUUUCCGCUGUGUUUUAAUCAGUAUAGGGCUGUGGAUACUCGCCUGUGCUUUACUGAUCGUAUGCCCUGCCACUAUUAUCCCUCUUACCGUGUGUCACUCAACCCUGAAAUACGUUUUUUGCGACUACGCCGCUCUCAUCAGAGCGUCCUGCGUCGACCCCAACCCAUAUUUUAAUAUACUAUCAGCAGUUUUUUCCUUUUUCUAUUUUGGAUCGUUUGGUUUCAUCUGUUUAACGUAUAUAAAAAUAGCCGUUAUUGUUCUGAAAAUGUCCUCUAAGAGCGACAGGAAAAAAGUGCUCAAUACCUGCCUGAGUCAUUUAAUAGUCAUAAUGUGUUUUUACGUUCCCACAUUCGUGCAAGUCUUCCUAACCAGACUCGGGGUGGUUUUAACCCUGGAGGAGCGUCACGGAUUACUGAUUGGAGCAUUUCUCGGACCUUCUUUAGUCAAUCCUUUCAUCUACUGCCUGAGAACCAAAGAGAUCAGAACCAAAUUAAUAAGAAUUCUAUCAAAAGUUGAACCGGCUUCAUGACAACAGCAAUAUUUAAUGGUUUUAAAUGUUAAAAUAUGAUUUUUUUUUUUUUCAUUCUGACGCGAAUCAGUAAAAGUUUAAUUCAUACAUCUUAACAAUGAAUAAUUCUUUAGUUAAAGCUAAAGCUCAGCAGUAGGAAAAGUGAAUUUUAUCAGAAUUGCCCGAUUAUUUUGCUCAUUUCAUUAUUUAUUCAUUUAUAUUUAAUUUGAUUUGUCCUAAAAAAAAAAGGUACUGUUGUGUUCUUAUUCAUUAUUCACAAUGCCUUAAUAUAUUUUAUGGACUGUGGUUUAGAGUAUGAAUUCAUUUUUUAUACAAAACUGAUAAUGAGAUCUUUAUUUAUGUUUCAAAGAUUUGAAAGAAGUGUUCAUUGUGUACAUUUUAUUUAUAUAAUAGAAGAACAGAGGAAUAUGUAUGUAUGUAUAUAUAUAAAAUGCAAAAAAGGCACUUUUAGGUUUUUCUAAGUGUUUAAAUUUGUGCUCUGAUUUUAUAAGUUUAAUAUUUUCUCCGAUUUUUGUUUUGUCAUGUAUUUUUUAUUUGUUUAAUCAAACAUAUAGAAAUACGCAAAAUAUACUCCUUCACAUGUGUUUUCUCAGCAGUUUAUUGGACAAACAAAAUAAAAAUGUAAGCAUUUGACUAUGUUGGUUAGAUCACGGUAUUUUAUAUUUUACUUUUUUACAUAAUAAAAUAAAAAACACUAUGAAAUCAUAAUUAAUGCAAAACAUUUAAAAAAUACCCAAAUGCUACUGUUUGUUGAAAAAAAAAAAAAGAUUGGUGACAUUUUCUAUUAAUGUCACGUCUAUUAGGCUCAAUAAACGUACUAAUAGCAUGUUAUAAUGCAUUCAUAAAACAUUACAAGCAAGGUUGUAUAUGUUUAGAAAACUAUAUUUAUAAAAAAAAAACAUUUAGCUGUGUAUCAUCAGCUAUAAAGUGUUUAUAAGCAGUUAUAAUCUAUAUGUCAAUACCAAGAAUACCUACAAAGCUUGCUAUCAAUAAUGACUUAUGUUACAUAUUAUAUUAACU